AUGUUUCGAUCCGGCACGGCACUGGGCGAGCGAGCUUCAGCUGUGCCUCACCAGUCGCCCGAGCAGGGGUCAGGGUCGCCAACGAGCUCCCCUGCCGCCGCCGCCUCUGCCCAAGACCCCUUCGCUGCCGCCCUUAUUUCCGUUCCGGUGCCACACCUCGUGGCGCCACGCUUCCUGUCCCAAAUAAUAUCCUUCUGCACAGAUCCAAUCUUGCACGCUCGUGCCUCCACCCUGCUACACCUCCCAGCUGGCGGCGAGCAGCAUGCCACCUUGGCCAUCGACGACGCAGAGACGACGGCGCAGCUUCUGGGCCUGAGCCGCCACGCACGCGCACGACCUGAAGCUGGGGUGGAUGCAGAAGCGGCAGCAGAAGUAGCAGAAACACCAGCAGAACCGGAAGCCGACGACGACGCCGAAGCAGAAGCAGAGACAUAG